UAAUAUCAUCUUGCAGGUUAUGGCAGUUCGAACACCUGUUAAGUUUUACUACGAUAUUCUUUCACCCUAUGCUUGGUUCGGGUUCGAAGCUCUUUGUAGGUAUAAAAAACCAUGGGAUCUUGACCUUCAACUAAAACCGAUGAACCUGGGAAUCAUAAUGAAGGAGAGUGGGAACACUCCCCCGGGGAUGAACCCUUCUAAAGGAUCAAUGUUAGCUCGUGAUGUUCAGAGGGUUUCUGAGAUGAUGGAUCUACCUUACAACCCUCUGGAACAUUUUGCUAAGACUGUGUUUAUCAGAGGUUCCCUUACCACGCUGAAAACUCUGGCAGCCUGCCAGAUAAUGUAUCCCGACCGCCUAGAAGAGAUGACCAGACAGUCGUGGCUGGGUCUGUACUCCAGAGAUAUUGAUAUCACUGACAAGGGUAAUAUUAUACAGUUUGCAACGGCAGCAAACAUACCGGAUGUUGAUCAGCUCCUGGCGUUCAGUCUUGGUAACGAGGCUAGACAGCAGCUUAUCACCAACACUAACGAAGCUGUUGAAUCAAAGUGUUUUGGAGCUCCUUGGUUCACGGUGACUAACCCUAAAACGGGGAGAAGGGAGAAGUUCUUUGGAAGUGACAGGAUUGAAAUGUUGGGGUGGGUUCUUGGGAAAGAGUACGUGGGACAUCAUCCUCCACAAUAGGAAAUAGUGCGAGAUUAAAAACAAUAUUUACUAUUGUAAAUGCUGCUGUUUUAGAAUUUUAAACAUCGAUUUUUCAAUCUGUUUACAGACUAUCACUGCGUUGAAGCAUGAAUUCAUAUUUUUCUAUCUAGCAGUGGCCUUUUUAUACCCAUGGCAUGAGUUAUCAAACAUUUAUAGUACGUGUUAAUUUUCAGAUGAUUAGAAGCUUAAGGCUUAUUUAGAAAUUUUUAACAGCGAUAAAUUCAUGAUGUAAUUAACAAAUUUUAUAAGUGUUUUAUGAACCUAAUUUAUUGGAUGAGGCUUUGAAAGUUUUCUUUUAAAAAUAUCUUCAUAACAAUAUGAUUUAUAAUUAUUGAUCCGUGUAACUGUUUUGCUCGGUUGUACAAUGUACACUGUACAGGCACAAAAGUUCCGACUUUUUGCUUCCCCUUUAUAAAAAAUCAAGAGAGAUUAUAGCUACUUAGUAAUACCCUCAUCUAGCAGCCUGGGGUUAACGUUUUUAUGGCUGUUCGAACACAAGUUAAGUUCUACUACGAUGUUCUUUCACCCUAUGCUUGGUUCGGGUUCGAAGCUCUUUGUAGGUAUCAAAAACCAUGGGAUCUGGAUUUGCAACUAAGACCAAUCAACCUGGGAAAGAUCAAGAAGGAAAGUGGUAACAUUUCUCCAGGUCCAUGUGCUGAUGUUUUUAAAGGAUCCUUAUUUUUUCCUGAUGUUCAAAGAACUUCUGAAAUGAUGGAGCUUCCAUACAAGCCUCUAAAGGACUUUGAGGAAAGCGUGUUUAUCAAAGGAUCACUGCCAACUCAGAAGACUUUGGCUGCUUGUCAGAUCCUCUACCCUGAUAACAUGGAAGAACUAACUAGACAAUCAUGGCUUGGUUUAUAUUCUCACGAUAUGGAUAUGACCGACAAGGGUAAUAUCCUACAGUUCGCGGAGGCAGCACAAAUACCAGACGUUGAUAAGCUUCUGGAAUUCAGUGUUGGUAACGAGGCUAAACAACAGCUUAUCAGCAAUACUACUGAAGCGCUAGAAUCAAAGUGUUUUGGAGCUCCGUGGUUUAUGGUAACUAACCCUAAAACGGGGAGAAGGGAGAAAUUCUUUGGACAAGAUAGAGUUGAAAUGUUGGGGUGGGUUCUCGGAAAAGAGUACGUGGGACAUCAUCCUUCACAAUAGAAUCGGAAACGAAUGAAACAACAGUCCCUGAUGUUGAUUAUAAAUUUGAGUCAAUCUGCUCUCGAUCAGUAUACUUGAAUUGAUAUAAUUUUUAAUAAUAUGUAAAAUUCAGACGAUUUUUGUAAAAUUAACAGAAGUUUUUCAAGAUUUGAUUAAAAUUUUAAUUUCAUCGAUUUUUUCAAAUUCUCAUUGCCGCAGUCAGCAUUAUAGUUAUUAAAUUUACUGUGUUGCAAAACAACCAACAUCGUGAAUUAACUCAUAAAACCUUUGGACAGUCAUGGCAGUUCGUACACAAGUAAAAUUCUAUUACGAUAUUCUGUCCCCCUAUGCUUGGUUCGGGUUUGAAAAUCUCUGCCGGUAUCAAAAACCUUGGGACCUCGACCUACAGCUCAGACCCAUGAACAUUUGGAAAAUAAUGAGCGAAAGUGGCAACACUGGUCCAUGGAGGAAUCCCUCCAAAUUUUCGUUCAUGAACCGCGACACUCAAAUGGUGGCGGAGAUGUUGGACCUCCCGUAUAAACCAUCAUCUAACUUUGCAGAGGCAGCCGCAGUAAGGGGUUCUUUUCCAACACUGAAAACUCUGGCUGCCUGCCAGAUUCUAUAUCCUGAUCAUUUGGAAGAGUUGUCAAGGCAGUCGUGGCUUGGCUUGUAUUCUAGAGAUAUCGACAUAACUGACGAAGGUAACAUACGGCACUUUGCUCGUGCAGCUCAAAUACCUGAUGUUGACAAACUCAUCGAAUUCAGUUCUUGUAACGAAGCCAAACAGCAAUUAGUUGACAACACUACUGAAGCUUUAGAUUCCAAGUGUUUCGGGGCUCCGUGGUACACGGUAACCAACCCUACAACCGGAAAAAGAGAGAAGUUCUUCGGACACGACAGGGUUGAAAUGUUGGGAUGGGUAAUUGGGAAAGAGUAUAAGGGACACCAUCCUCCACAAUAGGAAAUAUCCUACAUAUCCUACAUCCUCCACAGAGUUCAUAAAAACAGAAUGCAAAGAGUUUUAGGAUGAAUGAUCACAAUAGCUCUCGGAUACAAUGAAAUUGAUUUUUUACCUGAUUUAUCUAAUUUAUUGUUUGAAAUUAAAAGCUUUUUUACUGAAUGGAAAAGCUAUCUAAUAGAAACAUUAAUCUUUUGUUAAUUUUAUCAUUAUGUAUGAUAAUCCGAUCAUCGGUAUGUACCGAUCAAGUAUUUUUAGACCCAAUUUUUCGUGUCAUGUACUAAACCGGUGUUCUUUGUAUCAUUUGAACUGUUUUGAUUUGAUGAUGUUAAGAUUUAAACGCUUCAACUUUA